AUGACGCGUUCCGCCACGGCGCAGGAGGCAGCAUUGCUGGCAGCUCAGUUGCAACCGUCCAAGGCAUCGCAUGUUGACACUCUACAGCAUCCGACGGGGAAAGUAACGCCUGCGGUGUCGGACGGUCCAAAUAAAUCUCUAUCUAGUCCUCCUGCUUCCAAAAGGCGGAAAACGACCGCCAGAGCUGCGAACCCCAGUGAGGUUCCCGAGCUUCCUCAUAAUCUAGGUCCAGCCUUCACUCUAUCCCCGCGGAAGAAUGAUAGAAAAGCAUACAUCAAGAGCGAGAAAAUAGAGGAACUUGCCAGCACUCUGCAGAAUACUGUUGACAGAGUUCGAACCACUACACCUGGGACUCCCGAGAAAGGAAAGAAGUCAAAAAAGACUAAUCAAUACAGCCUCACCCCUGGAACUACUCCAUUCCCGGACUGGACUCGUCCCACCCCAGAAGAGUGUGAAGAGGUCAACCGGUUACUUUCAACUGUGCAUGGAGAGAUUGUCGCACCCACCACCAUCCCUGAGCCGUCUCUUACGGUGACCGGUUGCGGCGAGGUUCCUUCAGUCCUGGAUGCUCUGAUCCGUACUUUACUCAGCGGGGCAACAAGUGGCAACAACUCUGCCAUGGCCUUCAACGGUUUGGUGCAGAAGUUCGGUAUCCUGGAGGAAGGGAUCGGCAAAGGGAGUGUGAACUGGGAAGCUAUCCGUCAGGCGUCCCUCAAGGAUGUUUUUGAGGCCAUCAAACGUGGCGGCUUAGCGGACGUCAAGAGCAAGAAGAUCAAGGCUAUACUAGAUAUGGUCUACCAAGAGAACCAGGAGCGUCGAGAUGUGCUUGUCAAAGGCUCGCUGGAGGCACCACCCGAUCUGCUUCAAAAGCCCGACAGUGGCAAGCAGUAUGAGAUUGCGUGCGCUGACCAGAACUUCCUUUCCCUCAACCAUCUCCAUAGCCUCGCCACGGAGGAUGCAAUGGGGGAGUUGAUCAAAUACCCCGGGAUAGGUCCCAAAACAGCGGCCUGUGUCCUGCUCUUCUGCCUGCAACGGCCUUGCUUUGCAGUGGAUACUCAUAUCUUCCGGAUCUGCAAGUGGCUGAAUUGGGUGCCCCCAGACAAAGCGACCGAGAUCACGGCGUUCAGCCAUCUUGAGGUCCGCAUCCCGAACCACCUGAAGUAUUCCCUUCAUCAGCUCUUCAUCCGCCACGGCAAGUCCUGUCCGAGAUGUCGGGCCAUUACGGGGCAGUCAUCAGCCGGGUGGGAGAAGGGUUGUGUGAUUGAUCAUCUGGUGACGAGAACGGGGAAGAGAAAGGAAAGGCCCGGGGGCACGGAUUUCCCUCAGGAUGCUCGUAGCCCGAAUGGCCGCAAGCGCCGUCCUUGA